AUGUAUGAAGAAGAACCUAUUACUCAAGAGGAUUGCUGGACAGUCAUCUCUUCAUUCUUUGAAGAAAAAGGUCUUGUAAGACAGCAGCUAGAUUCUUUUGAUGAAUUUGUUCAGAACACGAUGCAAGAGCUUGUCGACGAGAACUCCAAUCUCGUUCUCCAGCACGUCGGAGGCGGUGGUGAUGUGACGAAACGCUACAUCAUCGAUUUCGGACAAAUCUAUCUGUCCAAGCCUACGAUGACAGAAGCCGAUGGUAGUACACAACCAAUGUUUCCCCAGGAAGCACGUAUCCGUAAUUUGACUUAUGCUUCGCCACUUUAUGUGGAUAUGAGCAAGCGUACUCAGAUUGCCAUGCCCCAAGACCACAACAACCCAAUCCGAAACCCUAAUGACAUGUUUGUGGAUGAGAAUGGAAUGGACCGUGCGCCGAUGACAAAGGUGUUCAUCGGAAAGGUGCCAAUCAUGCUGCGGUCAACCUACUGUAUCUUGCACGACAUGCCUGAGAGUCAGAUGCACGAAUUGAAUGAAUGUUCUUUUGAUAUGGGCGGUUACUUUGUUAUCAACGGUUCUGAAAAGGUGUUGAUUGCUCAAGAACGUAUGGCCACAAACACUGUAUAUGUGUUUGCCAAGGCACCACCUUCAAAUGUACAAUACACCGCUGAAAUCAGAUCACAGCCCGAGAAAGGAUCCAAAAAUGCAUCGCCUUUAUAUAUCAAAAUGAUGCGUGCCUCUACUGAUCGAGGUGGAACUGGUCAGUGUAUCAGAGCCACAUUGCCAUACAUUCGUUCCGACAUUCCUAUUGUUAUCGUAUUCCGUGCUCUCGGACAAGUGGCAGAUCGCGAUGUUUUGGAACACAUUUGUUAUGAUAGAAACGAUUAUGAGAUGCUUGAAAUGUUGAAACCAUCGAUUGAAGAAGCUUUUGUCAUCCAGGAUCAGGACGUUGCCCUUGAUUUUAUCGGAAAGAGAGGAACAACCGUGGGCGCCACUCGCGAGAGACGUACAAAAUAUGCCACCGAAAUUCUCCAAAAAGAGCUUUUACCUCACGUUGGCACUGCAUACAAGACAGAGACUCGUAAAUCAUACUUCUUUGGUUACAUGAUCCAUCGACUUUUGCUGGCUGCUCUUGAACGACGUGAGCUUGAUGAUCGUGAUCAUUACGGAAAGAAGCGUAUGGAUCUCGCAGGUCCUUUGAUGGCUGGUCUUUUCCGCCUCCUGUUCAAGAAGUUGACCAAGGAUGUUGCCAAAUAUUUACAAAAGUGUAUCGAAUCUAGUCGCGAAUUCAACUUGACCUUGGCUGUCAAGUCGAAUACUAUCACUAAUGGUCUCAAGUAUUCUUUGGCUACUGGUAACUGGGGUGACCAGAAGAAAGCAAUGCAGGCAAGAGCAGGUGUAUCUCAAGUAUUGAACAGAUAUACAUUUGCUUCUACUCUCUCCCAUUUGCGUCGGUGUAACACACCCAUUGGCAGAGAUGGUAAGAUCGCCAAGCCCCGUCAGUUGCAUAAUACCCACUGGGGACUGGUGUGCCCUGCAGAAACGCCCGAAGGUCAGGCAUGUGGUUUGGUAAAGAACUUGGCUUUGAUGUCGUAUAUUUCUGUGGGUUCUGCUGCAACCCCUCUUAUCAUGUUCUUGGAGGAAUGGGCUAUGGAAAACUUGGAAGAACUGAGUGCAAACAAUAUUCCUGAUGCCACCAAGGUGUUUGUGAACGGUGUUUGGAUCGGUGUUCAUCGUGAUCCAGGAGAGCUUGUUAAUUCUCUCAAGUCUAUGCGUCGUUCAGUCGAUAUCUCCCCCGAAGUUAGUAUUGUACGAGACAUCAGGGAAAAGGAAUUACGAAUGUAUACAGACGCAGGUCGAUGCUGUCGCCCCCUCUUCUUGGUACAAGAUCAGCAAUUGAGAUUGACUCGCGAUCACCUUAGUCGCUUGCAAGAUCCCGAAGACAGUUACCGCUGGCAGGAUAUGAUUUCGGACGGUAUUGUAGAAUAUGUUGAUGCCGACGAAGAAGAGACAGCAAUGAUUUGUAUGACACCAGAAGAUCUUGUUGAGGCACGCAUGGCCGCUCAGUUUGGCGCACCUCUUCAAGAGGAACGUGAUUUAGCUAGUCGUGUCAAGAGUCAGACAGGUGCCUACUCGCACACCUGGACUCACUGUGAGAUUCAUCCUAGUAUGAUUCUCGGUAUUUGUGCCAGUAUUAUUCCUUUCCCUGAUCACAACCAGUCUCCACGUAAUACAUAUCAAUCUGCAAUGGGUAAGCAGGCUAUGGGUGUCUACUUAACAAACUACCAGACUCGUAUGGAUACCAUGGCCAAUAUUCUUUACUACCCUCAAAAACCACUCACUACUACUCGAUCCAUGGAGUUCCUUCGUUUCCGUGAACUGCCAGCCGGCCAAAAUGCAGUUGUAGCUAUUCUCUGUUACUCUGGUUACAACCAAGAAGAUUCGGUUAUUAUGAAUCAGAGCAGUAUCGAUCGUGGUCUCUUUAGAUCACUUUUCUUCCGUACUUAUAUGGAUGCAGAGAAGAAGGCUGGUAUGAUGUUUAUGGAAGAGUUUGAGAAACCUACGCGCGAUUCGACUCUUCGUUUGAAGCACGGUACGUACGAGAAACUUGAAGAGGAUGGUCUGAUUGCGCCUGGUACGCGUGUUUCGGGUGAUGAUAUUAUUAUUGGAAAGACUGCGCCUAUUCCAGCAGAAUCUGAAGAGCUUGGACAACGUACCCAGACACACAACAAGCGCGAUGCCUCAACACCGUUGCGCAGCACAGAGACCGGUAUUGUGGAUCAAGUAAUGCUUACAACCAAUCAGGAUGGUCUUAAAUUCGUCAAAGUACGAGUAAGAUCCACUCGUGUGCCACAAAUGGGAGAUAAGUUUGCUUCUCGUCACGGACAAAAGGGUACAAUUGGUAUGACAUAUCGCCAAGAGGAUUUCCCAUUCUCUGCAGAGGGUAUUACACCUGAUCUUAUUAUCAACCCCCACGCCAUUCCUUCCCGUAUGACUAUCGGGCAUUUGAUCGAGUGUUUGCUUGGUAAGGUCUCAACCUUAUCGGGUAACGAGGGUGAUGCCACUCCGUUUACUGAGGUUACAGUUGAGGCUAUCUCACAUGCAUUGACAUUGGAGGGUUAUCAGCAGAGAGGUUUCGAGGUUAUGUACAACGGCUUUACUGGACGCAAGCUUAAUGUACAAGUAUUCUUGGGACCUACAUAUUAUCAGCGCCUGAAGCACAUGGUAGAUGACAAGAUUCACAGUAGAGCCAGAGGACCUGUCCAAAUUUUGACACGACAGCCUGUUGAAGGUCGUUCGAGAGAUGGUGGUUUGCGUUUCGGUGAGAUGGAGAGAGAUUGUAUGAUCAGUCACGGCGUAGCCCAGUUCUUAAAGGAACGUUUGUUCGACGCUUCAGAUGCCUACCGGGUGCAUGUGUGUGAUAUCUGUGGUUUGAUGGCUAUUGCAAACUUGAAGAAGAACAACUUUGAAUGUCGUUCGUGCAAGAACAAGACCAGAAUUUCACAGAUACACAUCCCUUAUGCUUGUAAGCUCUUGUUCCAGGAGCUUAUGGCUAUGAAUAUUGCACCUCGCAUGUUCGUAGAAACUGAUAACUAAAAAAAAAGCCCUUAUGUUGAACCAAAGCAGACGUAAACAAUGAGGGAAUGACUGGGGCGACGAC